AUUCAAUCUAUCUGACAGCAGAGUAUGCAAAUGGAGUUUGCGCUGUUUUAGCCGGAUUCAAACCGAACAAAAGUAAGUGAAAGACGUCAGACUACACUACAGACACGAGUCGGUACUCGUACUGAUAACGAAUCGUACGUGAAUCAGUCGCGAUUCGAUCGUUGUGCCGGUCCGGACGAAUGUCAAUGGAACGCGAAGAUCCAGUGCCGCGUUUUCUGUCUGUGAUAUUUACUUUCUUAUUUAUAUUCAUUUUCUAAUUACAUUUAUCAUACACACCAACAUUCGGGUACUAAAUUGGAAGAACAAUGGAGGAAGAGAAAUCGAAGAACGAAACCAAGAAACCCCAUCCAGGGAAAGAAGCAAACGUUCUGUCGAAACUGCUCUUCAUGUGGAUGAUCCCGACGUUCGUGAAGGGCUUCAAGAAACCGCUGGACGAGGAGGACAUCUACGGCAAUCUGAAUUCCCACGACUCGGUCUUGCUGGGUGACAAAAUGCAGACGGCCUGGGAGGAUCAACUGCGAAACGGACGGACGCCGUCGCUGUGGAGGGCCGUGUUCACGGUGUUCCGCGGCGACAUCAUCAAGACCGGUUUCGGUUUUCUGGUCAUCGAGUUUGGCAUCAAAUUGGGCCAGCCGAUCUGCAUUUCUAAGCUGAUGGCGUACUACACGCCGAACCAAACGACGAUGACGUUGAACGACGCUUAUUUUUACGCGGGCAUGGUCGUCCUGCUGUCCUUCCUGCAGGUGCUGUGCAUCCACUCGAACGUGCUCUGCCUGCAGCACUUGGGCAUGAAGAUACGCGUGGCGAUGUGCUCACUGAUCUACCGCAAGGCGCUCAGAUUGAGCAAGUCGGCGAUGAUGGAGACGACCGUGGGCCAAAUGGUCAACUUGCUGAGCAACGACGUCAGUCGCUUCGAUCAAGCCAUGGUUCACUUCCACAACGUGUGGGGAGCUCCCGUUUUAACGGUGAUCGUUCUCUAUUUGCUCUACGACCGGUUGGGAGUCACUUCUUUGACGGGAGUCGCCUUCCUCUUGAUCUUCAUUCCGUUACAGCUGUACAUGGGAAAACGGACGUCCGUUUAUCGAUUGAGAACUGCGAUCCGAACCGACGAACGGGUGAGACUGAUGAACGAAAUCAUUUCCGGCAUUCAGGUGAUCAAAAUGUACACGUGGGAAAAGCCGUUUUCGAAACUGGUCGAAAUUGCGCGGAAGAAAGAGAUCAAAGAGAUCUGCAACAAUUCGAUGUUGCGUGCCCUGAUGCUGUCCUUUAAUCUGUUCAUUAACCGAGUGGCGAUUUACUUGUGCAUCCUGACGUACUUCCUGUGCGGAAACAAACCGAACCACGAGUUCGUGUUCGUUUGCACCUCGUUUUACGGCAUCCUCAGGAUGACGGUCACCAUGCAUUUGCCGCAGGCGGUCACCAUGAUGGCGGAGAGCAACGUCUCGGUCAAACGGAUAGAGAAGUUCCUCAAUUACGAUGAGGUCGUCGAUUCUUCCAACUCCAAGAGCUUCAUCGUCAACGGCGCAACUGAGGUAGGUGGAGGUAAGAAGGACGGCGCCACACUCAACGGCAUAGUUCUAACGGAAGUCGGAAGAAAAUCGGAACCGACCGGAAUCAAGAUAACGAACGGGACGGUCGGCUGGGCCAAAGAAGCGGAUGCCACGUUAACGAAUGUCGAUUUCAAAGUCGCCUCCGAUCAACUGGUGGCAGUCGUCGGUCCGGUGGGAAGCGGCAAAACCACUCUUUUACACGCCAUCCUCAGAGAACUGCCUUUGCAAAGCGGUUCGAUCGACGUGCACGGAACCGUCAGCUACUGUUCCCAAGAGCCGUGGCUGUUUGUCGGUAGCAUCAGACAAAACAUCCUUUUCGGGCAAAAGUACGACGAACGCAAAUACAACGAAGUGGUGCGAGUGUGCGCCCUGCAAAGGGACUUUUCCCUCUUCGCGUACGGCGACAGAACGACGGUGGGCGAGAGAGGUGUUAUGCUGAGCGGUGGCCAAAGAGCCAGGAUCAAUCUUGCCAGGACCGUGUACAAGGACGCCGACAUUUAUUUACUGGACGAUCCUUUGUCGGCCGUCGACACUCACGUGGGGAAACAGCUGUUCGACGAGUGCAUAACCAAAUAUCUGGCCGGAAAAUGUGUGGUCUUGGUGACGCACCAACUGCAAUAUUUGCACAAAGUAUCUCGUAUCGAUUUGCUCGAAGACGGGAAAAUAACGGUGUCCGGAACGUACGAACAGUUACAAAACUCCGGACGAGAUUUCACGAAACUGUUGGACGAACACAAAGAAGAACACCAUCAUGAGGCUGCGACGGCGGCGACUGCGCACACUAAAGACAGAAAAUCGAAGGAAAUCGGAAAGAGCAAUGGCGACGGUCCCGUUCAAAUGAAAGAGCAAAUCCAAAAAGGCAAACUUAACUUUAAGGUUUAUGUGAAUUAUUUUGUAGCCGGAGGAGGUUUAGCCAAGGCCACGCUCAUGCUGAUCAUUUUCGUGACGGCCCAAAUUCUGGGCAGCGGCAACGAUUACUUCAUCACCCAAUGGGUGAACUACGAGCAGGACAGAACGACCAACACCACGAACAACACGAGCACUCUCGCAGACGAGCUGUUCGCCGACAACCACGGAUUGUAUAUUUACAGUGCGUUUGCGUGCAUGGUCAUUGUCUUCACCAUAACCAGGUCGGUUCUUUUCUACAGGUUUUGCAUGACGGCUUCGAGAAUCAUGCACAACAGCAUGUUCAACAAUAUCGUAAACGCCACCAUGAAAUUCUUCAAUACGAAUCCUUCCGGAAGGAUUUUGAACAGGUUCUCCAAAGAUAUGGGAGCGAUCGAUGAAAAUCUGCCCAUGACCAUGAUCGACACUCUGCAGAUCGGUUUGACCGUUUUGGGCAUAACUUUGGUUGUCGGUUCCGUAAAUCCGUGGAUUUUGAUGCCCACUGUCGUAAUUCUCGCCAUUUUCUAUGGACUGAGAGUGGUCUUUUUGGCCUCGAGUAGAAACAUCAAACGCAUGGAAGGAACAACGAGGAGUCCCGUGUUCUCACACCUCUCCGCUUCGUUGCAAGGAUUGACGACGAUAAGAGCGUUCGGCGCUCAGGACAUUUUAAAGGACGAGUUCGACAAACAUCAGAACUUGCACAGUGCCGUUUAUUACAUGUUCUUGGCCGCAAAUAGGACGUUCGGGUUCUGGUUGGAUUUCCAUUGUGUCGUCUACAUCGGUCUGGUGACUGUCAGUCUUCUCUUUAUACAACAAGAAACUUACGGUGGAAACGUGGGUUUGGCUUUGACCCAAUCGACCUUGCUCUGCGGCAUGUUCCAAUGGGGAAUGCGACAGUGGAGUGAACUGGAGAAUCAAAUGACUUCGGUGGAAAGGGUGCUGGAAUACACCGAACUCACGCCAGAAAACGACCGGAAAAUCAAGGAACCGCCGAAAUUCUGGCCGGAACAAGGAAACAUCCGGUUCGACGGAGUGUCGAUGAGAUAUUCGGAAAAUGAGCCGUACGUGUUGAAAGAUUUGAAUUUCAACGUGAGAUGUAGGGAAAAGGUGGGAAUAGUUGGGAGAACGGGAGCAGGAAAGUCCUCACUGAUCAGUGCCUUAUUUAGAUUGUGCGAAGUAGACGGAAAAAUUUUAAUAGACGACGUAAACACGAAGGAAAUCAGACUGCGUCAACUACGUUCGAAAAUUUCCAUCAUUCCUCAGGAGCCCGUUUUGUUUUCGGGAACGUUAAGGAAAAACUUGGAUCCCUUCGACGAAUUCAGUGACGACGUGAUUUGGAACGCUCUGGAGGAAGUCGAAUUGAAAUCGGCAGUUGCGGAACUUCCGUCCGGUUUGGACAGUAAAAUGUCUGAAGGCGGAAGCAACUUUAGCGUCGGACAAAGGCAAUUGGUUUGUUUGGCAAGAGCGUUGAUCCGUCGUAACAAGAUACUGGUUUUGGACGAGGCCACGGCAAACGUCGAUCCUCAAACGGACGUUUUGAUACAAACCACCAUCAGAAACAAAUUUAAAGAUUGUACCGUUCUCACGAUCGCUCACAGAUUACAUACCGUCAUGGAUUCGGACAAGGUUCUGGUGAUGGACGCCGGAAGAGUCGCAGAGUUUGGACAUCCGCACGAAUUGUUACAGAAAAGAGAGGGAAUAUUCUACGGAUUGGUACAACAAACGGGUAAAGCGAUGGCAGCCAAUCUAACGUCAAUUGCAGAAUUGACUUUUAACUUUCAAAAGGAUAAGUGAUAUUUAUGAAGAAACCGAUACGGAUAAAAAGUAUGAAUUCGAGGAAACGUUUGUAUUAUGAAGUAUUAAUAUUUUUAUAAAAAAAUUGUUAUUGUUAAAAUAAAAUAUUAUUUUAUUAAUAAAA